UGGAAGAAGAAGAAAAGGAAGAAAUCCCCCCAAGAAAAAGGAACGGCGGCGACUAGGGCAGUCUCUCGAUUGGCUGCGCCGGCGACAUCUCCAUCCCAUCCCCCGUCCUCCGUCGCAUCGAACCCAUGGCGAGCAGCGGCCUGGAUCCAACGCCGGAUUGCUGGAGGCGGCAGCGAGCCAGGACAGGAUAUAUUGUGCUAUAUACAUUCCCUUGUACCACUAACAGAUGCCGCCCGUGCUGCCUGUGUGUCUCAUAGAUUUCUACACUCUUGGAGAUGCUUCCCUAACCUCACAUUUAAUCAGACAACAUUUGGUUUGAACAAGGUUACAUCACUUGCAUCAUAUGAAAAGGCAGCAAAGAACCACUUUGACAGAAUUGGCCACAUCAUUAGAAACCACUCUGGCAUUGGGGUGAAGACACUUAAGCUUGGCGUUCGCUAUUGCAGCAAAGUCAUCACGGCGCAGCGUCUUGACAUAUGGCUCCAAGCUACCAUUAGAUCUGGAAUUUUAGAAAUUUCUGUCGAGCUUCCUCUAGAUUACAGUCCAGAGUACAACUUCCCAUGUUCAGUUUUGUCUUGUGCUGGAAGCUCGCUUCAGUAUAUUUCUCUCUUCUCUUGUGCUUUUCACCCAACAUUAAGAAUUGGUUAUUUGAAAAGCUUGAAAGGCGUGUAUCUGAGCCAUGUCCACACUACUGGGGAGGAACUAGGAUGUCUUUUCUCCAGUACAGUUUCAUUGGAAUAUAUUCAUCUUACCAGUUGCAAUGAGAUGACUUUCUUGAACAUACCUUCUCAUCUGCAGGCGCUUAGUAUUCUGAUGGUGUUUGCGUGCACAAGUCUACAAAUUAUAGAAAUUUAUGCUCCAAAUCUUACCAGGUUCUGUUUCGCUGGCCCGCCCAUUGAAAUAUUAACAAACAACUCAUUGCAACUGAAGUACAUGAGAAUGUGUGGUACAUAUUGGUCUGGCAUGAUCCAAUAUGCUCGGACCAAACUCCAGUCCAUCGCGCCGAAGCUUCAAACCCUUAGCUUGACAUCAUCUCAAGAGACUUUCAAUACGCCAGUGUUGCAUGGAAAAUUCUUCCACCUCAAGCGCCCGAGUAUUUAUUUUUUUGGCAUUGGAUUCCAAAGCUACGAUUAUUUUUCUCUAGUUUCUUUUCUUGAAGCUUGUCCGGCCUUGGAAACUUUCUUCUUAUAUGCAGGUGAAUACGAUAAUGCAGGGCAGGAUACAACACCUCAAGAUUCCAAUGCAGAUUCAUUACAUAUUAGGCAGAUUCCAGAAUUCCAGCAUGCCAAUCUCAAGAAAGUAUCAAUCCAGCGAUUCUCAUCUGCAAAGAGCUUGAUUGAGCUGACGUGUCAAAUUAUUGAGAAUACCCCAUCACUACGAUGCCUUGAGCUCAACACAACCCGUGAUCUUUUCCCUAGCUCUUGGUAUACCUCUGGGUAUAAGGAGCCUCACGAAGAAUGAUUUACAACCUCUGGUGGAUCGAGUGGCAAAUCGACUGUUAGAUAAUCACCAUGCUCUAGCUUGCUCUCUUUCAUUAUAGUAGUAGUAGCUCUACCUCUUUGACCUGCCGUGGCUUGCCACUUGAAUUUGGGCGGCAAAGACUAGUGAGCAUAGUUGCAGCUGCUAGUAGCAGCAUGGCAGCAGUAGCAAGUAGUAGCAGCAGCAGUAGCAAGUAGUGUUAGAAGCUGCAAAGCACUGUAAGGCCAUACCUUGUAAAUGACUCACCUUGACUUGGUUGUGUAUAAAGGAGAGAGCAGCUGCAGCUCAGUGGUUUUUUUAAGCAGCUCCA